GUCAUUCACUCUUCUUUAAGAGACCAUGUAUUUAUAAGAAACCAUGAUACAAACAAUUAUUCCCAACAAGCAUAGAGUUUUUACUAACAUGGGUUCUACUACUAGGAUGCACGAGCUCAAAGCUUUUGAUGAGACAAAAGCUGGUGUUAAAGGCCUUGUUGAUGAAGGUAUUAUCAAAAUCCCAACCCUAUUUCAUCAUCCACCUGAUAAGUUCUCAAACUCCACAAUUUCAACCAACACAGAACACAUCAUUCCUGUUAUAGACUUUACAAAUACAAGGCAAGAUAUUAUAAGCAAAAUAAAGGAAGCUUCUGAGACAUGGGGUUUCUUUCAAGUGAUUAAUCAUGGCAUUCCUUUGAAUGUUCUUGAGGAUAUGAAAGAUGGUGUGGUUAGAUUCUUUGAACAAGAUACUGAAGUAAAGAAAGAGAUGUAUACUAGAGAUUGGACAAGACCAUUGGUUUAUAAUAGUAAUUUUGAUUUGUACAGUUCACCAGCACUUAAUUGGAGGGACACUUUUAAAUGUAACAUUGCUCCUAAUGCUCCUAAACCAGAAGAUUUGCCAGUAGUAUGUAGGGAUAUAGUUCUAGAAUAUGGAGCACAUGUAGAGAAACUUGGAACGACACUGUUCGAAUUACUAUCAGAAGCUCUUGGAUUGAAUCCAAACCAUUUAAAGGACAUGGAUUGUUCUAAGUGGAUUAUGUUACUUGGUCAUUACUAUCCUCCAUGUCCUGAACCAGAAUUAACUAUGGGAACCACCAAACACUCCGAUGGUAGUUUUCUCACCGUGCUUCUCCAAGAUCAUAUUGGUGGCCUUCAAAUUCUUCACGAAGACGCGUGGAUUGAUGUACCUCCAAUCCGCGAGGCUCUUGUUGUUAAUAUUGGUGAUCUUUUGCAGCUUGUAACAAAUGAUAGGUUCAAGAGUGUUGAACACAGAGUGCUAGCAAAUAGCAUUGGUCCAAGAGUAUCUGUUGCAUGUUUUCUUAGGGGUCAAGAGAAGCUCUAUGGGCCUAUAAAAGAGUUAUUAUCAAAAGACAAUCCUUCCAAAUAUAGAGAAACCACAUUUACUGAUUAUGUAGCUUACUAUGCUGCCAAAGGGCUUGAUGGCAGUUCUACUCUUCAACAUUUCAAGAUUUGAGUUUGACAAUGUAGAGUUAGAUGGUUUGUAUAGCAUGAUAAAAGUGACAAUGUGGAAAUGUAAAUUAAUAUAUUCAAUAGUACACGAUAGUCUUAUAUAAACAAUUCCCGGUUAAGAAUCUUUUUUAAAUACAACGGGUGAAUUUCAACUUAGACUCUACAUAAAUUUGAGAUCUCCUCCCUUCCACUAAAACACUUUACCAAAAUGUUUGUAAAUCUUAAUAAUAAGAAAGUAACCAAUUUCACAAAUAGAACCUAAAACCUGUCUCUUACUUAAUAAUGGAGAAUAACACAUGACAGAGUUUCUAUAGAAACAAAACACAAUCGUGUUACCUGAUCUACAAGUCUUAACGACAACAACUCAGAAUGAUUGUAUCUAUAUUGUCUUGUCCUUCCACAAGGAGAAUCAAUCUAUUUAUAUAGAAAAGUCAAUUUAGCUAGAAAACUCAUUAGAGUUUCCAAAAAGAAAAAAUCAUAACAUGUCCAAUCUUGAACAAAUUAAAUCUUUUCAAAACGAAUCAAGUAGAUUAUGUAACCAAAUAAAUCUUUCCAAAAGUAAUAUUUCCAAAAAACUAGUGCAAAUUUCUACUAAAAGCCAACCGAUCAAAAUGAUGGUAGGUCAUUCCCUGGUCCAAUUGACUCCUAAGCGACAUGUACCUUUUACUCUUUGUAUCUCUUAACCUAGUAUUUUUGUCACAACUAACCUUGGAGGCACCCUGUGGUUAAUGUUA